AUGUCAAAGACAAAGUCCAAGAAGCGCAAGCAAAAUGCCCAAGCGGCAGCCCAAUCCGACAACCCUCGAAAAAUCGCAAAGACAACAACUCCCUCCAUACCGACGCCUCCUCCCGAUGGCACCGCGACGACCUUUGAGCCAAAGAACCUCCAUACCGUCGUGUCGGAAGAAGAACUUGAGAUUACAAUUGAUACGCUCAAUUCGCUUGCUCAGUAUCCUGGCUUGAUCAAGUCGAAGCUGUGCAAGGAUCUGAGAGUUGCGGUUUACGACUUUCGACAGGCUUGUACCACGGGUGUCAAUGCUGCUGGCUCGAAUCUUACGGCGCAGGUUACUGCUGCUCUUGCCGAUCGGAAAUACACUGAGGCGAGAGUUCUUCUUGCUGAGAUGAAGAUUCGGGGCGAGCAGCCUAAGCUUGGUGCUCUGUGUCGAUGGGUGCGAGAUCUGGAUGUUAUCAGCGGUCUGUCGACUGUGCCGGAUCAGCAGGGUCUUGUCAAGCGCUCAGAGAGGGAAGAGACUCUCAUCAAGGUCAUUGAUGCUGUCUUGAGGGUUUGUGGUCAUGAAGACCGAAACCCCAAGGCUGUCGAGCAACCCUCUGCAAUUGCCCUGCAAGAGAUCUGGGAUCUUCGCCCUGAUACACCCACAGAACAAGUCUACGCCACCGUCCUCGACGGUAGUCUUGUCGCUUCCGCCCCCGAUUCUCUCAAGAAGAACCUCCGCAUCAUCGAGACAACACCCGGUCCUGAACGCAAGCCUCCCAACCACCACGACGCCAUCCUAUACGCCUCCACACCCGACGCCGUUCCUCUGUCCACCACCCCGCCACCGACUACACAUACACCACACCCUGUCGUGCCUGGUCUCAGUGUAGCUACGCAGGUUCUUUACCCUGAGGAGUGCAAGGCUAUCAUCGCUGCUGGCGAGAGCGUCAACUUCGUUCCUGAUGCGCCGCUGCGUGAGGAUGGAGACAUUAGCAUUCUGGCGCACAACUUUUAUUGGGUUGUGGACCAAACCUUCCACGAUACACUUUGGUCGCGCAUUAAGCCGUUUGUGCCAGCAGUGAUGAACGGUCGAUUGGCCAGAGGCGUCAACCGCCGUUUCCGAGUCUAUCGCUAUGUCCCAGGAGCAGAGUACCGAGCACACAUCGACGGCGCAUGGCCCCCGAGCGGCAUCACCAAGGAAGACAAAUACGUAUACGAUAACUCGCCCGUCGAAAAGAAGCAGAGCUCGCUGUUCACCUUCUUGAUCUACCUCAACCAAGACUUCGAGGGCGGCGAAACCACAUACUUCUUACCGGCAGCCCGCGAAGGAGUGCUGAACGCAUACCCUGUCCGUCCAAUCAUGGGCGGUGCAGCCAUCUUCCCACAUGGCGAGAUCAAUGCUACGCUGCAUGAAGGUACUGGUGUACGAAGUGGAGCGAAAUAUGUCAUUCGAACAGAGAUUGAGUACGAUGUUGAGCCGUCGGAGAUCUAG